GGUAGAACCGCCGAGGGUAAACAACAGUAAAAGAUCUCUUAUCUCAUUAUUCGACUCUCAACUGGCUCUAAUUCCGCACCAGACUGGACGAAGAGGACUCACAACAUCACCAAACGACCACCAGAUUAACACUUGUGGACUCUCACCACUGACAAGAGGGUAGUUUUAUGGUAGUUUAAAUAUCAGGAUGUCCACAUCUGUCGAUAUUCACGCGCAGCUCGCGUCUAUCGUCGAGCGGUUCGCCAAAUGUGCGCUACUGGAGAUGAGUCGAGCUGUGGAUCAGGAGAUGAACCGCAGACAGAUGGAGGUCGAGACUCUGAUGGUCAAACUCCAGUUUACUGAGAGCGAACUCCGAACAGCCCGACAGAACCAACCGAACCUUCGAUCAGUGGGAACACAAGCCAACGACACUGAACAGAGAGAGCUAAACCUGGACCAUGUGAAGUUGAGUGAAAAUCAUGAUGGAUACACAGAGACACACACUGACAAUUCUUUGCAGACUUUCACAUUCAAUGCAGAUGGAAUCAAAUCCAUUCAGAUCAAAGAGGAACACAUGGAGGAACAACCGUGGGACAGUGGACAGAGUCCAGAGAUGGAGGAUCAGGAUAGUUUCAGCGCCGGAAUAAUAGGAACCGCCGGAGAGGGUGGCGAUUUCACCAACAAAAUAAAACCCAGUGGUGGUGUGUGGAAUUCCCCCGUUUCUGAGGAUUUUCUUGUAAACUCAGAAGCUCACAGUCUGGACGAUUGUGCGUACGCAAAUUCCACAGGUGUGUCUCCGAACCAAAGAGAAGAUCCCAUCAUACAGCAUCACAUUGAAGAUGCAGAGUUCUCCCAGCGUUCUGCGAACCACAUCGUUCCACCUGCGGCCGAUCACAGAGGCGACAGUGCGGCCGAGAGAAGCUCACGCUGCCCUCAGUGCGGAAAGACGUUCACGACACGCUUCUACCUGAAGAUCCACCAAAGAAUCCACACGGGAGAGAGACCGUACACCUGCCCUCAGUGCGGCAAAGGCUUCUACUGUAACUCGCACCUGAUAUCGCACCACCGCUCACACACCGGAGAGAAACCGUACAGUUGUGAAGAAUGCGGCAAGUCCUACUCUCAUUUAAACUCCCUCAAACUGCACCAGCGAAGCCACACUGAAGAGGAGGCGUACGGGUAUUGGUAGCCCACGCCCAUAUGGCAAACCCAAUUGACCUUGAAUCACAUGUGCAGGAUGGGAGUUAUAGAUAUCAGCAGUUAUAUUUGUGAAUAUAAGUUAAAUGCUCAAUUUUUAUAUCAGUAAAUUACAUUUGCUCUGGUAAAAAUUUGAAUUCUUGAUUUUAAAAUUGGAAUAUCCAUUUCCAUUUUACGAUGACGUAUGGCAAGCCGAAUUGACUUUGAAUCAUUUGCAGGAUAUGAAUCAUUGAUAUCAACAAUAAAGAUUUUACUAGUUAAAAUGCAAACUUUUGAUAUCAGUAAUUACAUUGCACUAGUAAAAAAAAAAUUUUUUUAUGUCAUAAUCGGCAUUUCAACUAGAAUAAUUUUACGAUGAUGUAUGGCAAGCCGAAUUGACAUUUAAUAAUUUGCAGGAUAUGAACUGCUGACAUAAUUAAUUUUUUACUAGUUAAAAUGCAAAUUUUUGAUAUUUCAGGAAUUGAAUAACGACAAGAGAAAAUUCUCAUUUUUGAUGUUAGUAAUUACAUUGCACUAGUAAAAAUGUUAUUGUAAUUUCCCCUAGUAGAAUUUGACGAUGAUGUAUGGCAAGCCGAAUUGACAUUUAAUCCUUUUCAGGAUAUGAAUCACUGAUAUCAACAAUAAAGAUUUUAUUAGUGAAAAUGCACAUUUUUGAUAUCAGUAAUUACAUUGCACUAGUAAAAAAAAAAUUUUUAUGUCAAAAUCGGCAUUUCAGCUAGAAUAAUUUGACGAUGAUGUAUGGCAAGUUGAAUUGACAUUUAAUAAUUUGCAGGAUAUGAACUGCUGAUGUCAACAAUUAAAUUUUUACUAGUUAAAAAGCAAAUUCUUGAUAUCAGGAAUGGAAUUAAGAUUAGUGAAAGUGCUCAUUUUUAUGUAAGUAAUUACAUUGCACUAGUAACAAUUCAAAUUUUUGAUAUCAACAUUUUUAUUUCCACUAAUUUGACGAUGAUGUAUGGCAAGCCGAGUUGACUUGUUGAGUUGUGUAUUUCCGAUAGUAACAUCAUUUUUUUUCAGUUUUUUGUAGUGCAAAUGUAAUAAGUGAUAUAAAAAAUGAGCACUUUCACUAGUAGUAAUUCCAUUCCUGAUAUGAAUGAGCAUUUUAACUAGUAAAAGGAAUCGAUGACAUCUAUAAUUCAGAUCCUGCACGUGAUUUAACGUUGAAAUGGUUUGCAGUAGCCCUUUUUUUAAACCAGUUGUACAAUAUUCACUACAGAAUUUAGAAAAGUGUUUGAUUGUUUGCAUACAACACAUAAAUUGAUAUUGAUACAUCAUUAGAUAUAAUAAAAAAUAAACUUUGUGCUUAAGUAACAUGAGUUUAAGUUUUGUCACAUUUACUGAGAAAGUGGUCUGAAGUUAGUUUUGAAAUUUCACAUUUUAACAUUAUUAGUCACAUAUGCCUUUUUUUUAAUACAUUUUCAUUUUAUAGCUUGUAGAAGUUUUGUUUGUGAGUUAUUUAUUUUGCUUUGGGCGAGUCAUGAAGAAUGGGUGCUUUCUUUAUCACCUUGAAACUUUUUUAUUUUCUGCUACAAUCACAUUUUGUAGCUGAUAAUAAAAACUGUGAGUGAAUGUAAAAUAAUUCCUGUUGUAUCUUUCUGACCCACCGAUGACAGUUACAGAAAAACAGUUUUUUAUUAUUGUAA